AUGGAUGAACAGUCAGUUUUGUCGCACCACCACCCGGAAAAACCAAAGGCAACUAUUACAAGGACAACAGUGAAGAAAACCGAGGAAGUGGUGAGCAUAAUGCUGGCAAAGGGGUUCGUAUUGGGAAAAGAUGCCCUCAACAGGGCCAAGGCGUUCGACGACAAGCACCACCUGUCGUCGAACGCCUCCGCCACCAUGGCUUCCAUCGACCACAUGAUAGGCCUGAGUGAGAAGCUCAGCAUGGGGACCGCCUUGGUCAACGAUAAGGUCAAGGAAAUGGAUGAGCUCCUCCAGGUGUCGGAAAUCCCCAAAUCGGCGUUAGCCGCCGCCGAGCAGAAGGCCAGCAGCAUCAUGAGCAACCGCUACGUGUCGACCGGGGCCUCGUGGGUGACGAGCGCGCUGAGCGCCGUCACAAAGGCGGCGGAGGAUGUUGGGGUUAUGACUAAGGAGAAAGUCGAAAGGGCGGGGGAGGAAAAGAAGGAGAGGGUGCCGAUCACUGGGGGGUCAGAUUUCACGAAUACUCGUAGGGAUGAAUUUCCGGCUAUUGGGGGUCAGAUUUCAUGA